CCACCUUCUCUCCGGGGGAGUCACGUGGGGCGGGCGGAAGCGCCCGGCGGGGUGGGCGCGCCCGGCCCCUUGCUGCGAUUUGGCUACGGCGGUGUGAGUCGCUGGCGGCGCCGGGACGCCAGGUCUCCUCGUGGAGUCUUUGCUCAAAACAGCUCCCACCCUGGACCAAAAUGAGGAGCCCUUCAGAAUAGCUGCUGUCUCUGGGAGGACCCGGGCAUCCUUGGCAGCCCAGCUGCUCUGGACAGAGCCCUACCAGUUGGGCCUCUGCUGGCAGGAACCAUGGCAGAGGCUGGGGAUGCUGCGCUGUCGGUGGCCGAGUGGCUGCGGGCAUUGCACCUGGAGCAGUACACGGGGCUCUUUGAGCAGCAUGGCCUGGUGUGGGCCACUGAGUGCCAAGGCCUCAGCGACGCCCGCCUGAUGGACAUGGGCAUGCUACUCCCUGGCCACCGCCGCCGCGUCCUGGCUGGCCUGCUCCGUGCCCACACCCCGCCGGCCCCCGCACCCCGCCCCACCCCACGGCCCGUGCCCAUGAAGCGCCACAUCUUCCGCUCACCACCUGCGCCCGCCACUUCACCUGAGCCACUGCCUGCCGCUGCUACAGAGGAUGAGGGGCUCCCCGCCACCCCGCCCAUCCCGCCCCGGAGGAGCUGCCUUCCGCCCACGUGCUUUGCGGCCCGGUCCACAUCCAUCCUGGACCCGGUGCUGCCCCCGCUGCCUGCUAAGCAGCAUUUGGCAGAGCUGAGCGUUCCACCCGUGCCGCCCCGCACCGUACCCCCCCGCCUGGUGGUGAGCCUGACCUCCAAGGAAGAGGAGUCAUUGCUGCCAUCAUUGUCAUCCCCUCCCCAGCCAGAGCUUGAGGAUCCCCUGUCCCCCCUCCCCCAGGCGCCUCCCCACUCCCCGUCUCCACCUCCCUGUCCCCCGGAGAUACCUCCGAAGCCGGUACGCCUGUUGCCAGAGUUCGAUGACUCUGACUACGAUGAGGUCCCAGAGGAGGGGCCAGGGGCCCCAGCCAGAGUGAUGACCAAGAAGGAGGAGCCCCCACCGAGCCAAAUCCCACGGGCCGUGCGUGUGGCCAGUCUGCUGAGCGAGGGGGAGGAACUGUCUGGGGACGACCAAGGGGAUGAGGAUGAGGAUGACCACGACUAUGAGGGCGUCCCCAAUGGCGGAUGGCACACCAGCAGCCUGAGCUUGCCCUUGCCCAGACCGGUUGCUGCGCCACACCCCAUGGACGGGCCACCUGGGGGCACCACCCCCAUCACACCAGUCAUCAAGGCCGGCUGGCUAGAUAAGAACCCACCUCAGGGAUCUUACAUCUAUCAGAAACGAUGGGUGAGACUGGAUGCUGAUCACCUGCGGUACUUUGACAGUAACAAGGAUGCUUACUCUAAGCGCUUUAUCUCUGUGGCGUGCAUCUCCCGUGUGGCUGCCAUCGGGGACCAGAAGUUUGAAGUGAUCACAAACAACAGGACCUUUGCCUUCCGGGCAGAGAAUGAUGUGGAGCGGAAGGAGUGGAUGCAGGCCCUGCAGCAGGCCAUGGCUGAGCAGCGUGCUCGGGCACGGCUGUCUAGUGCUUAUCUGCUUGGAGUUCCAGGCUCAGAGCAGCCUGACCGCGCUGGCAGCCUGGAGCUGCGUGGCUUCAAGAAUAAGCUGUAUGUGGCCGUGGUCGGGGACAAAGUGCAGCUCUACAAGAAUCGAGAGGAGUACCAGCUGGGCAUUGGCAUCACCUUCAUCGAUAUGAGCGUGGGCAACGUGAAGGAAGUGGACCGGCGCAGCUUCGACCUCACCACACCCUACCGCAUCUUCAGCUUCUCUGCUGACUCGGAGCUAGAGAAGGAGCAGUGGCUGGAGGCCAUGCAGGGAGCCAUCGCCGAGGCCCUGUCUACCUCGGAGGUGGCCGAGCGCAUCUGGGCUGCAGCCCCCAACAGAUUCUGUGCUGACUGUGGGGCUGCCCAGCCUGACUGGGCCUCCAUCAACCUCUGUGUUGUCAUCUGCAAGCGCUGUGCAGGAGAGCACCGUGGCCUGGGUGCCGGCAUCUCCAAGGUGCGGAGCCUGAAGAUGGACAGGAAGGUGUGGACAGAAACACUUAUCCAGCUCUUCUUACAGCUGGGCAAUGGUGCUGGGAACCGCUUUUGGGCAGCCAAUGUGCCCCCCAGUGAGGCCCUACAGCCCAGCAGCAGCCCCAGCACCCGGCGGUGCCACCUGGAGGCCAAGUACCGUGAGGGCAAGUACCGUCGCUACCACCCACUCUUUGGCAACCAGGAGGAGCUGGACAAGGCCUUGUGUGCUGCAGUCACCACCACAGACCUGGCUGAGACCCAGGCACUCCUGGGCUGUGGGGCUGGGAUCAGCUGCUUCUCAGGGGACCCUGAGGCCCCCACGCCCCUGGCUCUUGCAGAGCAGGCGGGGCAGACGCUGCAGAUGGAAUUCCUUCGGAACAACCGGACCACAGAGGUGCCUCGGCUGGACUCGAUGAAGCCCCUGGAAAAGCACUACUCAGUUGUCCUGCCGACCGUGAGCCACAGUGGCUUCCUCUACAAAACUGCCUCUGCUGGCAAGCUGCUGCAGGAUCGCCGGGCCCGGGAAGAGUUCAGCCGGCGCUGGUGUGUCCUUAGUGACGGAGUCCUGAGCUACUAUGAGAAUGAGCGGGCAGUGAGCCCCAAUGGAGAGAUUCGGGCCAGCGAGAUUGUGUGCCUGGCAGUGCCCCCUCCUGACACCCAUGGCUUUGAGCACACCUUUGAGGUGUACACGGAGGGAGAACGGCUGUACUUGUUUGGUCUGGAGAGUGCAGAGCAGGCUCAUGAAUGGGUCACGUGCAUUGCUAAGGCAUUUGUGCCUCCCUUGGCCGAGGAUCUGCUGGCCUGUGAUUUUGAACGGCUUGGACGCCUACCCUACAAAGCUGGCCUAAGCCUACAGCGGGCCCAAGAGGGCUGGUUCUCUCUCAGUGGCUCAGAGCUCAGAGCUGUUUUCCCCGAGGGGCCCUGUGAAGAGCCGCUGCAACUACGGAAACUGCAGGAGCUUUCCAUCCAGGGGGACAGUGAGAACCAGGUGCUGGUGCUAGUGGAGCGAAGGAGGACACUGUACAUACAGGGCGAGCGGCGGCUAGACUUCAUGGGUUGGCUGGGGGCCAUCCAGAAAGCAGCCGCCAGCUUGGGGGACACACUGUCGGAGCAGCAGCUCGGGGACUCGGAUAUCCCGGUCAUCGUAUAUCGCUGUGUGGACUACAUCACGCAGUGCGGUCUGACCUCCGAGGGCAUCUACCGCAAGUGUGGGCAGACGUCGAAGACACAGCGGCUGCUGGAGAGCCUGCGGCAGGACGCACGCUCUGUGCACCUCAAGGAGGGCGAGCAGCACGUGGAUGAUGUCUCCUCGGCGCUCAAGCGCUUUCUGCGCGACCUGCCCGAUGGACUCUUCACUCGCGCCCAGCGUCUAGCCUGGCUGGAAGCCUCAGAGAUUGAGGAUGAGGAAGAGAAAGUCUCCAGGUACCGAGAGCUCCUGGUGCGGCUGCCCCCUGUCAACAGGGCCACGGUGAAGGCCCUUAUCAGCCACCUGUACUGUGUCCAGUGCUUCUCAGACACCAACCAGAUGAAUGUGCACAACCUGGCAAUUGUGUUUGGGCCCACGCUCUUUCAGACGGACGGACAGGACUACAAGGCUGGCCGUGUGGUGGAAGACCUCAUUAACCACUACGUGGUGGUGUUUAGUGUGGAUGAGGAGGAGCUCAGGAAGCAGCGAGAGGAGAUCACUGCCAUUGUGAAGAUGCGAGUGGCUGGCACUGCCAGUGGGACCCAGCAUGCUGGUGACUUCAUCUGCACAGUGUAUCUGGAGGAGAAGAAGGCAGAGACUGAGCAGCAUAUCAAGAUCCCAGCAUCCAUGACUGCUGAGGAGCUCACCCUGGAGAUCCUGGAUCGCCGGAAUGUGGGCAUCAGGGAGAAGGACUACUGGACCUGCUUUGAGGUCAAUGAGAGGGAAGAGGCAGAGCGCCCCCUGCACUUUGCAGAGAAGGUACUGCCCAUCCUGCACGGGCUGGGCACGGACAGCCAUCUGGUGGUGAAGAAGCACCAGGCCAUGGAGGCUAUGCUGCUAUACCUGGCCAGCCGUGUUGGUGACACCAAGCAUGGCAUGAUGAAGUUCCGUGAGGACCGCAGCCUUCUGGGCCUGGGCCUGCCCUCAGGCGGCUUCCACGAUCGCUACUUCAUCCUUAAUAGCAGCUGCCUGCGGCUCUACAAGGAGGUCCGGAGCCAGAGGCCAUGGAGCGGGGCCCCUGAGACCAGUCACCGGCCUGAGAAGGAGUGGCCCGUCAAGAGUCUCAAAGUCUAUCUGGGAGUGAAGAAGAAACUCCGGCCACCCACCUGCUGGGGCUUCACAGUGGUGCAUGAGACAGAGAAACAUGAGAAGCAACAGUGGUACCUCUGCUGUGACACGCAGAUGGAGCUCCGGGAGUGGUUUGCAACCUUCCUGUUUGUGCAGCACGACGGCCUGGUGUGGCCCUCAGAGCCCUCUCGCGUGUCCCGGGCGGUGCCUGAGGUCCGGCUGGGCAGUGUGUCACUGAUCCCCCUUCGAGGCAGUGAAAACGAAAUGCGCCGGAGUGUGGCUGCCUUCACCUCGGACCCUCUGUCUGGCAGCUCUGACGGAUCCUGGAACCUGAAGUGGAUCCUUCGUGCCCCAGCCCUGGGUUCUGAAUCCCAAAGCCACCUUCCUGAGUUUUUUGUCUGCAAGCGACGCGUGCUCCUGUGUGCCCCUGGGCUGAGCUCUGAUGUGCACCACCCCAUUUCCAUCUGCCUCCUCCUUUCUGAUACUCCUCCAUCAACAUUUCCUGCUUGGACUCCUUGGGGGCUCCUCAAAGGCUGUGGACUAGGGCUGAGGCGGGGCCAGCAGGUCUUCCUCAAGCCGGACGAGCCGCCGCCGCCACCGCCGCCGCAGCCAUGCGCCGACAGCCUGCAGGAUGCUUUGCUGAGUCUGGGCUCUGUCAUCGACGUUUCGGGUCUGCAACGCGCUGUCAAGGAGGCCCUCUCAGCUGUGCUUCCCCGAGUGGAAACUGUCUACACCUACCUGCUGGAUGGGGAGUCCCGGCUGGUGUGUGAGGACCCCCCACAUGAGUUGCCCCAGGAGGGGAAAGUCCGAGAGGCUGUCAUCUCCCGGAAGCGGCUGGACUGCAAUGGGCUGGGCCUUUCGGACCUGCCAGGGAAGGCUUUGGCCAGGCUGGUGGCUCCACUGGCUCCUGAUACUCAAGUGCUGGUCAUACCACUAGCGGACAAGGAGGCCGGGGCUGUGGCAGCUGUCAUCUUGGUGCACUGUGGCCAGCUGAGUGACAGUGAGGAGUGGAGCCUGCAGGCAGUGGAGAGGCAUACCCUGGUGGCCUUGCGGAGGGUGCAGGCCCUGCAGCAGCGCGGGCCCAGCGAGGCUCCCCGAGCCAUCCAGAACCCUCCGGAGGGCGCGGCGGAAGACCAGAAGGACGGGGCGGCUUAUACCGACCGCGACCGCAAGAUCCUGCAACUGUGCGGGGAACUCUACGACCUGGAUGCCUCUUCCCUGCAGCUCAAAGUGCUCCAAUACCUGCAGCAGGAGACCCGGGCCUCCCGCUGCUGCCUCCUGCUGGUGUCGGAGGACAAUCUCCAGCUGUCUUGCAAGGUCAUCGGAGACAAAGUGCUGGGGGAAGAGGUCAGCUUUCCCUUGACAGGAUGCCUGGGCCAGGUGGUGGAAGACAAGAAGUCCAUCCAGCUGAAGGACCUCACCUCUGAGGAUGUGCAACAGCUGCAGAGCAUGUUGGGCUGUGAACUGCAGGCUGUGCUCUGUGUCCCUGUCAUCAGCCGGGCCACUGACCAGGUGGUGGCCUUGGCCUGCGCCUUCAACAAGCUAGAAGGAGACUUGUUCACCGACCAUGAUGAGCACGUGAUCCAGCACUGCUUCCACUACACCAGCACGGUGCUCACCAGCACCCUGGCCUUCCAGAAGGAGCAGAAGCUCAAGUGUGAGUGCCAGGCUCUUCUCCAAGUGGCAAAGAACCUCUUCACCCACCUGGAUGAUGUCUCUGUCCUGCUCCAGGAGAUCAUCACAGAGGCCAGAAACCUCAGCAAUGCAGAGAUCUGCUCUGUGUUCCUGCUGGAUCAGAAUGAGCUGGUGGCCAAGGUGUUCGACGGGGGCGUGGUGGAUGAUGAGAGCUACGAGAUCCGCAUCCCCGCUGACCAGGGCAUCGCGGGACACGUGGCGACCACGGGCCAGAUCCUGAACAUCCCGGACGCAUAUGCCCACCCGCUCUUCUACCGCGGCGUGGACGAUAGCACCGGCUUCCGCACGCGCAACAUCCUCUGCUUCCCCAUCAAGAACGAGAACCAGGAGGUCAUAGGUGUGGCCGAGCUGGUGAACAAGAUCAAUGGGCCGUGGUUCAGCAAGUUCGAUGAGGACCUGGCGACGGCCUUCUCCAUCUACUGCGGCAUCAGCAUUGCCCAUUCUCUCCUGUACAAAAAAGUGAACGAGGCUCAGUAUCGCAGCCACCUGGCCAACGAGAUGAUGAUGUAUCACAUGAAGGUCUCUGAUGAUGAGUACACCAAACUUCUUCAUGAUGGGAUCCAGCCUGUGGCUGCCAUUGACUCCAACUUUGCCAGUUUCACCUAUACCCCUCGUUCUCUGCCCGAGGAUGACACGUCCAUGGCCAUCCUGAGCAUGCUGCAGGACAUGAAUUUCAUCAACAACUACAAAAUUGACUGCCCGACCCUGGCCCGGUUCUGUUUGAUGGUGAAGAAGGGCUACCGGGAUCCCCCCUACCACAACUGGAUGCAUGCCUUUUCUGUCUCCCACUUCUGCUACCUGCUCUACAAGAACCUGGAGCUCACCAACUACCUCGAGGACAUCGAGAUCUUUGCCUUGUUUAUUUCCUGCAUGUGUCACGACCUGGACCACAGAGGCACAAACAACUCUUUCCAGGUGGCCUCGAAAUCUGUGCUGGCUGCGCUCUACAGCUCUGAGGGCUCCGUCAUGGAGAGGCACCACUUUGCUCAGGCCAUCGCCAUCCUCAACACCCAUGGCUGCAACAUCUUUGAUCAUUUCUCCCGGAAGGACUAUCAGCGAAUGCUGGAUUUGAUGCGGGACAUCAUCUUGGCCACGGACCUAGCCCACCAUCUCCGCAUCUUUAAGGACCUCCAGAAGAUGGCUGAGGUGGGCUACGACCGAAACAACAAGCAGCACCACAGACUCCUCCUCUGCCUCCUUAUGACCUCCUGUGACCUCUCUGACCAGACCAAGGGCUGGAAGACCACGAGAAAGAUCGCGGAGCUGAUCUACAAAGAAUUCUUCUCCCAGGGAGACCUGGAGAAGGCCAUGGGCAACAGGCCGAUGGAGAUGAUGGACCGGGAGAAGGCCUAUAUCCCCGAGUUGCAAAUCAGCUUCAUGGAGCACAUUGCAAUGCCCAUCUACAAGCUUUUGCAGGACCUGUUCCCCAAAGCAGCAGAGCUGUAUGAGCGUGUGGCCUCCAACCGUGAGCACUGGACCAAGGUGUCCCACAAGUUCACCAUCCGCGGCCUCCCAAGCAACAACUCGCUGGACUUCCUGGAUGAGGAGUACGAGGUGCCUGAUCUGGAUGGCACUAGGGCCCCCAUCAAUGGCUGCUGCAUUGAUGCUGAGUGAUCCCCUCCAGGGACCCUUCCCGGCCCAGGCCACCUCCCACAGCCCUCCACUGGCCUGGCCAGAUGCACUGGGAACAGAGCCACAGGUCCUGGGCCCUAGACCAGGACUUCCUGUGUGACCUGGACAAGUACUACCUUCCUGGGCCUCAGCUUUCUCAUCUGUAUAAUGGAAGCAAGACUUCCAGCCUCACAGAGACUUUGUAAUUUGUCCUCUGAGAGCUCAGGGCUGACCAAUGAGCAGUGGGCCCUGCUCUGCACCUCUGAUCACACCUUGGCGAGUCUUUCCCAAGCCAUUCUUUGUCUGAGCAGCUUGAUGGUUUCUCCUUGCCCCAUUCCUGCCCCACCAGAUCUUUACUCCUUUCCCUUGGGGGAUUCCCACCCCUUGGGGUCUUCAGGAUCCUCAUGGAAGUGGAAGGUGAGACAUCUGAGUGAGCAGAGUGUGGCGUCUUAGAAACAAUCCUUAGUUCUAUGGGAGGACUAGAAACAGCCUCGGGGUGAAAGCCCCCUGAGGACCACCACUAUACUGACGGUGGGAUUGGGACCUGGGGCUAUGGGGGCCCCAGGAGAAACCUGCCAGAGGGGCAGCUCAAUGCUCUGUGGAGAGGGGGCUUGGGAAGAAGGCAUGAUGGGGUUGAUGGGCAGGAGGAAUCCCCAUACUGGGAAACAGGCCCAGGUAUGAGCCAGCCUUGCUUCCUCUGGCCUGUGUGAUGCUGGGCAAGUCUCUUCGCCUGUCUAGGCCAAACAGGAGGCUGAGACAAUCCAUGCUCUAAGAUCCAUUUGAGAUCAAUGUCUAAAAUAGCUCUGUAGCUCUGCGGAGUCCCAACAGAGGCUGUGGAAUGUUUCUGCCACCCUAGGGCACAGAGAGCCCAACCCUGCAUCCCUCAGAGCCCCCUGUGUCCCUCAGAAGCCCCCCCCCCUUGGCCUGAGCCCCUUCCCCAUUCCUGCAGCCAGUGAGAGACCUGGCCUCAGCCCUGGCAGGGCUCUCUUUUCAAGGCCAUAUCCACCUGUGCCCUGGGGCUUGGGAGACCCCAUAGGGUCAGGACUCUUGGGUCAGCCCGGCCACUGGCUUCUCUUUCUCCGUUUUGUUCUGUGUGCGUUGUGGGGUGGGGGAGGGGGGCCACCUGCCUUACCUUUCUGAGUUGCCUUUAGAGAGAUGUGUUUUUCUAGGACUCUGUGCAACUGUCGUAUAUGGUCCCGUGGGCUGACUGCUUUGUACAUGAGAAUAAAUCUAUUUCUUUCUAUCA